GAUAAGGGGACUAAAGAGGAAGAUGCUGUGACCGAGUGUGUGUCGGUUCUGCUUUUGGUUUUGUUUCAGUUAAUAAGGAAGCUGUAAGAAUCAGAAUCCCAGAGCUUGUCUUCUGAGCAGCCAUGGGAUGCAGAGGCUUCGCGUUUCCUCCAAUGUUUUUCCUCCUUGGAAUGUUCUGGUUUCUACCACCAGCAAGCGCCCAGACGACAAACAGAAUUGGUAAAUUCUCAGGCACUUGUCAGACUGAGACUCUGGGAAGAGAAUUCAUCACCUCCUACAUGAAGGACUGUGGGAACUCUCAUCAAUUUGAAUUGCAAAUUACUGGUUACUUUGCCUUCACUUCAGUGUCUGUUUUCAUCUCCAAUUACCUGUUUCACAGGGCAAGGUUAGAGAAUAAGACUAUGGUAAAUCAGGGAGAGAUGGUGCAGGUCAGGCUACCAGAGUCAGUGGGAGUUGAGGGCAGUGCCACGUUCUCCAACGUGGUCCUAGUCAAGGCUGACAAAGAUAUCUCGGUAGUGUCUGUCAGUAACAAACAUGUGAGCCCGGAGACCACUGUGCUGUAUCCUGUCUCCAGCUUAGGAAAUGAAUACUACGUAGUGACUCCCUCUACGGAACCCUUAGAUAGUUAUCCAGAGUUCUCUGUUAUAACGUACCAAGAGCCCAACUCCAUGGAGAUCCAUGUGAAAGGCAAGUUACAUUACCUAACACAGGUCCACUCCACUGACAGCAAACUGAAAUUUAAGCUUCUCAGUUUACAAGGCAUCCAGUUACAAGGCAUAGAAGAUCUGUCUGGCACCAGGAUUGUCUCAGAAAAGCCAGUGGCCGUCUUGGUUGGCCAGGUGUGUUUUUGUAAUAGCACAAAAUGCAACCACGUCUUUGAGCAGCUCCUACCAGUUUGCAGCUGGGGUACAACAUACAUCAUUCCUCCCUUACCCUGGCAGAAAGCAGAUGAAAUAGUCUAUAUCACUGCUUCCCAGAGCACAACUGUGUUGUAUCAACGAGGGGAACACCAAGAGAAUGUUACUCUAACAGGAGGCAGUGUACACCAACUUCCUGUCAAGCCCUCUAUCCCAGUCUACAUCUCUGCUAAUGUGAGCAUCCAGGUGAUGUUCUACAGCCUGGGCGCAGCUAUCCCUAAUUCCUCCCAUGCCUUCCUGAUGAAUGUUCCAGAUGUUGCCAGUUAUUGCCUGAUGUAUUCUAUAAAUAACCAGGAGGGCUUCCAGAACUUUGCCUUGAUGGUGGCCAAUACAUCAGAGACUGGUGCCAUCAUCUUAGACAAUCAGCGUCUAAGGAGUGUGGAGUGGAACCAAGUCCGGGGCACUAAGUACGUUUGGGGCAUGCAUACGCUUGGACCUGCCAUGAGAUCCCAUGCUGUGGAACACGCCAGCUCUCCAUUCGCACUCUUGAGUGUUGGCACUGCUGCGAUGGACAGCUAUGGGAUUCCGGGUUCCUGCAGGAAGAAUGUUACCUUUAAAUGCCAGACUGAGACUCAACAGAUAAAAGAGCAGUUGAAGAUGUGCAAAGAUGUCUUUCAGCAGGGCAGCACCAGUGAAUUUUGCUCCUUCAUGAAUUCAACCUUAGUGAAUUUGGAGACCAUGUGUGCAGAGGACAGAGCAGCAUCGCUGGAGGAAGUUGCUCGCCCCUUUGGUUCCUUCUUGAAUAGCUCCAUCCUCAGUAUUGGUGGGAACGAGAGCAAGAGGGAGGUGGCCUCUGCUGUGACCCUCCUCUUGCGGAGUGUGGAAUUGGCUGCACUGACGGCUGCUUUGAGGUCUCCUGAGAAGAAGACCCAGAACAUGACAACAGAGUUUAUGGCUAUCGAGACGCUCCUCGUCCCAGCUGCAGGUCGCUGUGAUGAGGUCUUCAGGCUGAGAGGUCAGAAUCAGACAAUGGACAUUCACUGCAAUGCUGUCACCAGAGCAGCCACAAAAGAUCCUUGGGCUGUUGCUUUUAUUUCUUACUUCACCCUGGACGACAUCAUUAACACAACAUUUCUCAAAGAGGGAGAUCUAAUGGCUGAUGAGAAAUUGAGGAAUUUUCACCUGAAUUCCAGGGUGGUGAGUGGGGCUAUCGGAGAUGGGAGGCCCAUGAACCUCUCCAAACCUGUGAACUUCACCCUGUGCCAUAGACAGGCAAAGAAAGAAGAGGAAGAGGCUCGCUGCGUUCACUGGAAAUUCAUCUCUGGGAAAGGCACCUGGGCUGAGGAUGGCUGCAAAAUUCUCCAGACGAACAGCACUCACACCAUCUGCAGCUGUGACCAUCUCUCCAGCUUCGCACUCCUGAUGGGUCUCACCGGAGUGGAGGAGAGUGACCCACUGACCAUCAUCACCUACGUGGGACUCACCUUCUCUCUGCUAUGCCUCCUCCUCGCCAUCCUCACCUUCCUGCUGUGCCACUCCAUCCGCAACGUCAGCACCUCCCUCCACCUGCAGCUCUGCCUCUGCCUCUUCCUGGCCGACAUGCUCUUCCUCACCGCGGUGACCCGCACCCGCAGUCGGGUGGUGUGUGCUGUCAUUGCUGGCUUCCUACACUACCUCUUCCUGGCCUGCUUCACCUGGAUGUUCCUGGAGGGGCUGCACCUCUUCCUCACCGUCAGGAACCUGAAGGUCGUCAAUUACACCAGCGUCAGCCGGUUCAAGAAGAGAUUUAUGUACCCAUUUGGCUACGGAUUCCCAGCUCUGGUGGUGGCUGUUUCUGCAGCAGUGAAACCUGGAGGCUAUGGAACUUCCAAACACUGCUGGCUCAGCCUGGAGAGAGGAUUUCAUUGGAGCUUCCUGGGACCAGUUUGUGCCAUAAUCCUGAUAAAUUUAACAUUUUUUAUUGUAACCCUGUGGAUCCUGAGAGAUAAACUCUCCUCCCUUAAUGAAGAUGUGUCCACUGUCAAAGACACCAGACUACUGACUUUUAAAGCUAUUGCCCAGCUAUUCAUUCUGGGCUGCACAUGGAGUCUUGGUGUCUUCCAAGUCGGCUCAGCAAAAAUGGUCAUGGCGUAUUUAUUCACCAUUGUCAACAGCCUACAGGGAGCCUUCAUCUUCCUGGUGCACUGUCUCCUCAAUCGCCAGGUGAGAGAGGAGUACAGGAGAUGGAUUAAAGGCACAAGAAAACCCAGCCCCACAAUUCAAACAUUUAGUUCGUCUGUGUCCACUGUCACUACCGGCACCAAGAUGGUGAGUUGGGGAGAGCCGUCCACUUCAUCUCCAUGAAACAAUCACUUCUCCAACCAACGAUGUUUAUCAUACAGCCGGCUUUGCUGUGCCAGUUGGGCAGUUGCCAUUCUUCAUCACAACUACCUGGAAGGGGAAGCGGGAUUGGACAAAAUCUUCUCUCUGAUCCAAAUCCAAAACUCCUACUGAAUUCAAAGGCCACCCUAGGGUUUUAGCUGGGUGUGUCUCCCAGAUUUAAAGGGCCAGAUCCCAGGUCAGAGAGCAGUUAUUUCUUAGGGAAAGCACACCAUGCGGUGGGGGGAAGCGAUUUACAGAGCCUUCGUGUGCUAUGUGUGUGAGCUAGCUCUGCUGUUUCACUAUAAUGUGUAAAUAAUAAAAUAACCUGCUUAUGGA